ACCGCCGCGCGUCCGGGCUACUAGCUGUUCGUUGGGUGGUGGGUGAGCGUGAGCGUGUGAGCCGGGCUACUGUAGACUUGAGAACAGUUUGGAGAGAGCAGAGCGCGCCAGAGAGAGCGCGAGAGAGUGAGGGUGUGAGAGAGUGCGAGCAGAUCUAGAGGAGACAGGGCGAGAAAACAGGGCCCAAAAACCUACGGUUUGAGACUGAAUGACCAUGGCUGUCUCCGCACCUCCGGUGAUCUCUACAACUUCCAGCGGUGCCGGCGUCCCAGGGGGCUUAUUUCGGGCAGAAAGCUUGUACUCGACUCCCGGGGAGCCUCCUCGUCUCACCCCUAAUAUGAUCAACAGUUUCAUGGCCAAUAACCACAGCGGCAGCGCCGGGGGUGGCGGGAUCGGUGGAGCCAGCGGAGGCAGCGGCAACACUAACACCAACGAGUGCAGGAUGGUCGACAUGCAUGGUGUGAAGGUGGCUUCGUUCUUGAUGGACGGUCAGGAACUGAUUUGCCUGCCGCAAGUCUUUGAUCUCUUCCUUAAGCACCUGGUGGGAGGGUUGCACACGGUGUACACCAAGCUGAAGAGACUGGACAUAUCCCCUGUGGUGUGUACUGUGGAGCAGGUCCGGAUCCUCCGCGGUCUGGGGGCCAUCCAGCCUGGGGUGAACCGCUGCAAACUCAUCACCAGAAAAGACUUCGAAACUUUGUUCACCGAUUGCACCAAUGCCAGAAGGAAGAGGCAAAUGACAAGAAAACAAGCUGUUAACAGUUCCAGGCCUGGCAGGCCUCCUAAGCGUUCUUUGGGAGUGUUGCAGGACAAUGCUCGCCUUCUGCCCCAUUCAGUCCCCAGCCUUUUAUCACCAGGACUUAUCACUCCGACAGGUAUAACAGCUGCAGCAAUGGCUGAGGCAAUGAAACUGCAGAAGAUGAAGCUUAUGGCAAUGAACACUCUUCAGGGAAAAGGAAGCCAAAAUGGGACUGAAUCAGAGCCUGAUGAUCUUAAUUCUAAUACUGGUGGAAGUGAAUCCUCCUGGGAUAAGGAUAAGAUGCAAUCUUCUCUUGCUGCACCUGGACCUCAACAUGGACUUGCUCAUGCAGCCCUGGCUAGCCAGCCAGGCCUUGGGGGUGCUCCUACCCUCAAUCCACUGCAGCAGAAGCAUUUACUGACCAAUAGACUGGAUCUGCCAUUUAUGAUGAUGCCUCAUCCCCUACUUCCAGUCAGCUUACCUCCUGCAUCAGUUGCCAUGGCAAUGAAUCAGAUGAACCAUCUUAAUACUAUUGCCAACAUGGCUGCUGCAGCCCAGAUUCACAGUCCACUCUCCAGAGCUGGAGCCUCUGUUAUAAAGGAACGGAUCCCAGAGAGUCCUUCUCCUGUUCCCUCUCUGGAAGAGAAUCAUCAUCCUAGGAGUCAGACUUCCUCCCACCCCAGCAGCAGUGUGUCCAGCUCUCCCUCUCAGAUGGAUCACCACUCAGAGAGGAUGGCUAUGAUGCCCAACAAUAGAGAGGAACUUACUGUUGAUCAGGAUAAUGGACCAACCAUCAAAAAAUUCCAAAGGGAUAAUAAAGAAGAAGUACCAUUUCAAAUUCCAAUGAUGAAGACACCCUUGGACAAGAUCCAACUGACUCCUGGGCAGGCAUUGCCUCCUGGAUUCCCUGGACCGUUCAUUUUUGCUGAUAGUCUGUCCUCCGUGGAGACUCUGUUGACCAACAUUCAGGGCCUACUGAAAGUGGCUUUGGAUAAUGCUCACAUCCAGGAGAAGCAGAUUCAACAAGAAAAAAAGGAACUACGAAUGGAGCUCUAUAGAGAGAGAGAAAUUAGAGAAAACCUUGAAAGACAACUCGCAGUUGAGCUUCAAAGCAGAACUACCAUGCAAAAGCGUCUGAAGAAGGAGAAAAAAGCCAAAAGAAAAUUGCAGGAAGCCUUGGAAUUUGAAUCAAAGCGCCGGGAACAAGUGGAACAAGCACUUAGGCAAGCCACUAGUAGUGACAGUGGCCUGAGGAUGUUGAAAGAUACUGGAAUUCCAGACAUUGAAAUAGACAACAAUGGGACUUCUCAUGAUAGUACUGCUAUGCAAGGUACAGUAAACAGCAUACUCCUCUCUAUAACUGUCGGAUAUGGGGUGGGCAUGAGCUCCUAUGUUGAUAUUCUUUAUAUAAGUAAAAGAAAUAAGUUUAAUUCUUCUUACUUUAUGGCAGAGGCAGAAGUCUUCAAUGUUUUUUGUGAUUAUAUACAUAGGGACUAGUAAUUUUACAUAUACAAUGUGGGCAAAUUUCUUGUAUGUUUAGCUGUUAAAAGGAUGUAUAUUUAUGUGUUAGGCAUAUUCUAAAAAUGCAUAAAUGUGAAUAUAAUUUACCUUUCCAAAGUUUUUCAAUAAUAUACUUUUAAAAAUCUCACUAAUGUUUGUAAAAACCACAGGUAGAAUAAUCAUAACCUAUCAAUAUGUUUAAUGAGUUUUAGACAAUACUUUUUAUCAACUUCUAAAUUCCAAUACCAAAUUUAGAUAACUUGAGAAACCAUAUAAAUACGGAAAUAAGACCACGACUUAUUCAUGAUUCUCAGGAUUCCCAUAAAUGCUUAGAUCCUU